AUAGUAUAUAUGGGAUCUCUCCCUGAAGGGGAAUACUCACCUACAUCACAUCACUCUCGGCUUAUAAAACAAGUGGUUGAUCCGAGCUAUGCAAACAAAUCUAUUAUAAGGAGCUACACAAAGAACAUCAAUGGAUUUGCUGCAUACCUCACAUCAGCAGAACGGGAAAAGCUCAACGGUUUUGAUGAGGUCAUUUCAGUGUUUCCCAAUCAAAAGGUCCGGCCUCAAACAACAAGGUCAUGGGACUUCAUGGGACUUCCAAGAAAGACCGAAAGAUGCCCUACGGUUGAGAGUGAUAUUAUAAUUGGAGUAAUUGAUCACGGCAUCUGGCCAGAAUCUGAGAGCUUUAGCGAUGAAGGUUUUGGCCCUGUUCCAAAAAAGUGUAGAGGGAAAUGUGCAGGUGGCUAUAAUUUCUCGUGUAACAAGAAAAUUAUCGGUGCUCGUUCUUACGGGUAUAGCUUUGACAACAUCGAAGCUUCUGCCAGAGAUGUCGAUGGCCACGGCACUCAUGUUGCAUCCAUUGCUGCUGGAAAUGAAGUGAAUGCAGACUUUUACGGUAUAGCACAGGGAAUUGCUAGGGGAGGCGUACCUUCGGCAAGGAUUGCAGUUUAUAAAGUUUGCACGGUUUUUUGUUUGGACAUUGAUAUAAUGUCAGCUUUCCAAGAUGCAAUAGCUGAUGGAGUUGACAUUAUAUUGGGGGGAGAUUAUCCAAAGGAGCUGACCACUGAUCCCAUUGGAAUUGGGUCUUUUCAUGCAAUGGAAAAAGAUAUACUCACAGUCCAUGCUGCCGGGAAUUCUGGUCCUCCGAUACAAUCUGUUUUAGAUUAUGUGCCGUGGAUCUUUACCGUUGCAGCAAGCUAUACGGACAGAAGAAUUGUUGAUCAAAUUAUUCUUGGGGAUGGUACAAUUCUAGUGGGAGAUUCUGUUAAUGCCUUCCCAUCAAGUGAUGCAGAUGUGCCUCUUGUUUAUGGCAAAGAAGUGACCCGCUCGUGUCCUGAAUCAGAUGCAAUGAGAUGUUUACCCGCUUGCUUAGAGAGUUCCUUGAUCAAACAAAAGGUUGUUUUGUGUGAUUCAGACAUCUUUAACCAGACAGUUAAAGAUCCCCAAGCAUUGGGAUAUAUUAUACCAUACAAAACAAAUACAUCUGGUGUCGUGCCAUCACCUGCUAUAGUAUUAGGUACUAAUGACAUUAACUCUGUCAAAACCUACAAAAAUUAUGCAAGAAAGCCUGUGGUUAAACUUUUGAAAAGUGAAGAGAUUCACAUUCCAGCAGCUCCUCUUAUUGCUCCAUUUUCUUCCCGGGGACCAACCAAAUCAAUACCAGAUAUUGUAAAGAUAUAUCCUGAUGUAACAGCACCCGGAGUAGAAAUUCUAGCCGCUUAUUCACCAUUUGUUCCCCCCUCUGGAGUACCUUAUGACAUGAGGCGUGUGAAGUACAAUAUAAUGUCAGGGACGUCAAUGGCUUGCCCACACGUUAGUGCCGCUGCAGCUUUCGUCAAGUCUUUUCACCCCAACUGGUCUCCAUCUGCAGUGAAAUCUGCUUUAAUGACUACAGCCAUGGAAAUGAAUGCGACCCUGAACACGGAUGCUGAAUUCGCGUAUGGUUCUGGCCAUAUCAAUCCUGCGAAGGCUACGGAUCCCGGUCUUAUCUAUGAGACAUCUCUCGAUGAGUACCGCAAGAUCUGGUGCCACAUGCCAAAAAGCGUUGAAACAUUCACAAAUGGCAGUGCUACUUGUCCAGUUAAGAUGACACUUAGAGAACUCAACUACCCAUCUAUGGCAGUGAAGGUUGACACGAAAUCCUCAUUUGUGGUUACUUUCCCAAGGACCGUAACAAAUGUCGGUCCAGCUCAGUCAACAUACACUGUAUCGGUAACAAGAAUCCCGGGGUUGAAAAUCGCCGUGGAGCCCAAGAAUCUACAGUUCACUGCUUUAAACCAAAAAAUAUCGUUUAGUGUGACUGUCAGAGGAAGAAUCAAGUCACCACGAACAGUAAAGAGUGUGUCACUGAUAUGGACAGAUUACGUUCGCCAUGUCCGUAGUCCAGUCGUGGUAUAUACCUUGAACGCCACCUCUCGAGGAGCACCCCCGACACCACCAAGGAUAUACAGCAUUAGUCAUGAUGCCAACAUGGAGACACCAAAAGCUUGGAGUAAGGGGAAAAUUAUCGGUGCUCGUUCUUACGUGCUUAGCUUUGACAACACGGGACUUUCUGCUAGAGAUGAUAAUGGACACGGCACUCACGUUGCAUCCAUUGCAGCCGGCAAUGAAGUGAAUGCAAACUUCUAUGGCUUGGCACAAGGAAUCGCUAGGGGAGGCGUUCCUUCAGCUAGAAUUGCAGUUUAUAAAGUUUGCGGAUUUUUUUGUAUGGAUAUUGAUAUAAUGUCAGCUUUCCAAGAUGCCAUAGCUGACGGAGUUGACAUUAUAUCUAUAUCACUUGGGGGGGGAUCAUCCAAAGGAGCUGACCUCUGA